UUUCUCGAUCUUCCAGACCAACGAACCACUCAACUUUCAUUCAAAGCACAACCAGGUACACAUAAGAAAGAAGUGUACACCCACAAGAAAUCUUUUAACCUGGUAAUGAGAAUUGAACAGGGAAAUUCCUCAAGAUUUGGUUGGUUUCGUGGUCGCAACAAGAAUACCGGUAGAAAGAGGGAUCAUCAUAUUGAGGAGCUGAGCAUUGUUCAAUUGUUUCCAAUUCGAAUUCUCCACUCUCAAUACAGUUCCUCCCUCCCUCUCCACUUCUACGAGACAGGAAUUCUCUCCACGGUCCACAACCCACAAUCAUCCAUUUUACCUCAUAAUUGAACUUCUCCUUUCUUCAAUCAGGGGCUUCCAGCCAUCUCUUUUUAUUGAAGCUGCUUCCCCCGCCGAAGUAAGGUACCUUCGCAUAGGAGUGGCUUGCAUUACAAAAUGGAUACUAGCUACUUAUCGUCGCAGGUCUCGACGAUCAUAGAUCAACUUCAUGGCUUGUUCGAUGAAAUUGGUGUUCCGUCGCGGGAACGAGAGAGUCGAGAAUCAGAGUUAUUCGCUGCCCUCUCCGAGACCUUACACAACCAAGUUCGAUUGGUCGCGGACGAGAAAAAUGACUUGACAGAAGAAGCUCGCCGUAUUAUUACAACAAUCAAGCAGAUGGAAGCUUCCCUCGAUGAUGAUAAAGACCACCAUGAAUAUGAACCCGAAGAUGAGGAUCUCCAAAUUACUUAUCCCUUGAUGCAAUGUCUACAAGGAUUAAAAGAAAAACAUCUUCACAUAUCAAAGAUACAUAGAGAGAGAUUUGAACAAGUCAAGAAACUUGUUCAAGCUCUCGAGUCAUACUCAUCCCACUUAGAGCCAUCUUUCAUUAAAAUCGAACUUCCACCCACAUCGUUGAACGCGAGUAUUCCUCCCACAUUCGAUCUUUCAAAUAACUAUGUAAGCGAUCUCGACGAUGAAUUCACCCGCGUUUACGAAGAGUAUACCCGCCGUGUCGCAUUAGUCAAGGCUACUGCGGAGAACAUCAUUCAACUAUGGGCUGAACUUGGCACGCCACAGGCUCAGACCGACAGCGCAAUUGUUAAAUACUAUCGCGAUGCGCCAGAGCAACUUGGUUUACACGAAGAUGAUAUCUCCAGAUUGCGCAUGAAGCAAAGCAAAUUGGUAGAUGAGAAGAAGAGUCGAGAGAAGCGCUUGAGAGAUCUACGUACUACCGUCGAGGCUUUGUGGGCAAAGCUUGGCAUCGAUGAGUUUGAACAGAAACGAUUUUUGAAUGGCAACCGAGGAUUUGGCCUACGACAGAUCAACGAAUUCGAAGAUGAAUUAUCAAGAUUGAAUGAGCUCAAGAGACAAAAUCUACAUCUAUUUGUUGAGGAUGCCCGAUACAAAUUACAAGAGCUGUGGGAUGGUCUGUUCUUUUCUGAGGAAGAGAUGCUCGAGUUCACUCCCGCAUUUUCAGAUGUGUACAGUGAUGCUCUUUUGGAGGCUCACGAACAGGAAAUUGGCCGUCUUGAGGUCCUUAAAGAACAACGCGCACCCACUUUAGCUCUCAUCGAGGAACAUCGAUCACUUGUCAAAGACAGAGAUGAUCUUCAAGCAUCGUCACAAGAUGCAAGUCGUUUGAUGAUGCGUGGCCAAAAGGGCGAAAAGCGUGACCCAACACGUUUAUUGCGUGAGGAAAAGAUGAGAAAGAGAAUCGCUAAAGACUUACCAAAGAUUGCAGCAAAAUUGAGAACUGUUCUAGAGGAAUGGGAGGAAGAAUAUGGUCGUCCUUUUAUGGUACACGGUGAACGAUACCUUGAUGAAUUGGAGGUUUCUGAGGCCAAACCUGCUCCAGGACCACGUUCAAAAACACCAGCAGGACCACCUCCAAGUACCAUGAAGCCCCCUCCAAAAACUGUUGUCAAAGCUGGAACAUUGGGUCGUUCCAACAGCGCACCAAGACCUGCUCCACCAAAUAGAUCUGGUGCCAAGACACCCACCGCAGGAGGAACAAUCAAGAGACACCAAUCUUCCGCUUCAGUAUCCGCAGCGAGUGGUAUAAAGUCACCUUCUAGGCUCCCAAAUCGUAUACCUUUGUCAAGUCUUAAGCUUCCCAACUCUCCAGAGCGCGAUCGACGAACUGGAUCUAUGCGUCCUGAAUCAAGACAAGCGACUAGCACUAUCCGAGGCAAGAUGGGUCCACCACCGGCAAGAGCUCCACCCCCAAAGAUGCGUGAGCUAUUUGAACCACCACCUUCGGCUCCUCCAACUCAAGUAUACUAUCAUCGUGAUGAGAGCUUCAAUUCUUCAACUGGUAGCGUCCGACCAGUCUCUCCCGAUGAUGUUUUCGAAGCACCACCACCAAAAGCUAAGGAAAGACCUCAGUCGUAUCAGGACUUGAGAGCAUCAAUGCGAUCAAAUUUCGGCCAAUCGUUAACUUAUGGAUCUGCGCCACCUUCUAGCAGUCGUCAACUUUCUACUACAUCUAGCUCUGCAAAUACUGGCUCUGGCUCUGAGAACUGGGAAACUUAUGGAGAUGUAUCUGAGACUGAACCAGAAGAAGACUCGAAUGAAGAUUAUUUUGCGAAACUUCGAGCCGCCAGAGCAAACCGAUAUACUCCAGAUGAUGAAGCUCCCCCAUUUCGUGGCAGUGCUACUAUAAAUAGUAGUAUGAUGAAGAAAAAGGGAUAUUCACUUUACAAAGGACCUGCUGGGCAAGUUCUUAGUAACGAUCGAUUGUGCACACGAAUUGUUUCUGGAAGUGAAGCUAAUUGGACUGAUGAAGAUGCUUUUUAAGCGAACAACACGUGUUAAGCACAAAAGGCGGUCGGCGUUCCUGGGUUUCUUCAAUUGGAUUAUAAGUCUUUACUUUCUUGUCGUUAACGGUUUCAAUUGGCCUAGACAGAUUUCAUUUCUUGUACUUUUUUUUCUUUCAGGCAAGCAUAGGAUAUUUUUCUGGUACGACUAUCAUGCUUCGUGUAUGAUUGGAACGGCCUAUUUUUUCUCUUCUACUGAUUUUGUCUUUCCAACAUACCAUCUUGUGCUUUCUUUUCAGCAACAUUCUCUUUUUGUAAUCGGUCUGGGAGGGGAUAUGUAGGAGUAAAAGGAAGGGAUGGAUAAGUGAGAGAUGAGUGGAAUGGCCUUGGCUUGGAUGGAUGGUUGGGACUGGGGGAUGUAUCAGGCGUUUUUCCAUGAUUCACACAUAUUCUAUGAGAUGAGUGGAUAUGAAUACAGAGGUCUUGUCAUGUAGUUAAAUAUCAAAUAUGAAACGAGACAUCACAUGAA